UUUAUAACCAACAACAGGGGGCGCUGUGAGCUCUCAGAAACAGCUUCACUUCCGGGACAAUGAUCAUCAGAUUGUAGCAGCGGCACCGAGCAAAAUCCCAGGGUGAUGGGGCCAGACAGUGCCCCGGGUCCAGCUGUGCCCUGGAGGAAGGUGCUAUGGGAGCGCCAGCCAUUCCCUGAUAACUAUGUGGACCAGAGGUUCCUGGAGGAAUUGCGGAGGAAUGAGGGCAUCCGGCAGUACCGCUACUGGGCUGUGGUGAAAGAAGCAGGCUUUGUGGGACAGCAACUGUCCUGCGUGGCCAUUUUCAUCACCCUCUGGCUCUACAUGGAGCAGGGUCUCCUGUCCCCUGAGACACUGCUGUGGACCAGCCUUGUAUGUGCCCUGCUGGGGUAUGGACUGUACCAAGCCUUGACGUCUCAGGUUGAAUCGGGGUGUGAGCCGCGGACUCGUCUGGCUGACUUACAGAGUGCCACUAUUUUCCUUUCUUUCACCUUUGGCUUCUCGCCAGUUCUAAAGACACUAACAGAGUCCGUGAGUACGGACACAGUGUAUGCUAUGUCCGCUGUGAUGCUUUUGGCCCACCUGGUGUCGUUCCCUUACGCUCAGCCCUCACCCCCGGGCAGCCUCUCCCUAAAUGCAGCCUUGUUUGCAUCUGUGUGUUUAGCUUCCAGGUUACCCGGCGCUCUGCACACCUUCGCCAUGCUCAGCUGUGCCCUGGCGGUGUUUGCCCUGUGGCCCUGCUUGCUGCAGAGGAUGAGGGAGAACGCUCCUCGCCAGUUUACUGGAGUGUGUGUGGGAGUGUGCAUCGGAGGCGUAGGUGGACUGGGGUCCCAGUCAUCAGGCGGAGCCGUGCUCUUCGCCCUAGCGCUGAUGAGUGUUACAUUGCUCUGUCCCCUGCUGCUAGUCAGGCUGCAGAGGCACAAGGACAACAUCCAGGGACCCUGGGAUGAGGCUGAAAUUCACGAGGACCUCAGCCGCUUCCUUCACUAGCGGACAGAGUGAAGAGUUCUCCUGACCAAACUGACUUUUAAGGUGUAAGCCAACGGUAAACUUUGUAUGAAUGAAUUUACUGUCAGCCUGAAGUAUUAUAUCGGUGCUGUACAUUCAAACGGACAGGCGCUAACUCUUAACAUUGGUCCACAUGUGUUUGGACAGCCAUGACAACUUAUUCUCUUCUAGAGAAUAUGAAGAUGUUUUUAAAGUUCGAGCUGCUACUGUCUUUCAACUGUUGACCUCAGAAUUUGUAUGAAAAGUAAUGUGAAAUGCUGUCUUACAUUACUGUACACACUCUGAUGCUAUGCACCUAUUUGAUAUCAGUGAUGUUUUAAUUAAUGUGUGGGAGAUUCCAUUAUGUAUAGUAUGUUGUUGGUGCUGUGACUGGAUGGACAGGUGCACUGUGUUUAACUCAGUGGCUUGAUGAACAAGGGCUCUAAUUCCAUUGCAAACUAUGUUGAAAUUAAAUAUCAGUAGAAGAAUUUUUAGAUUUUAAGGGAUUUUGCCAUAAAGAGAAUUCUCAUUGUAAGUUAUUUAAUAAAACACUUAGGGAUUAUUUUCUA